AUGAAGGCUGAAACAACAACCAUAGAAACAACAGAAUGUGCUGCUCAAUCACAAAAUACUGGAAUAUUGUCAGCAUGGAAAAGUCAAAGUAAUCCAUCUUAUUCUAUGCCAAGACAUCGUGAGCAACAACACCUAGGUGAGCUAGGCGAUCGUUUAAAUGAUGUUUUAGAUAUUACAUGUCAAUCUAAAUGUAAAAUUGACCAGCAAGUUACACGAGCAGAUCAAUUAAAAAUUAAAGUUGAUAUUAUUAAACAAGGUUUAACAGAUUUAACAAAAAUAAUGAAAUCGGCAAUUAUGGCGUUGUUAGACAAGAAAAAUAAAUAA